AUGGACAAGCUUCCAGAUGAGAUAGUACUCCAAGUACUUUCCUUCUUGGAAGUCAAAGACCUUGUCAGAUGCCAGUAUCUAUCUCGUCGCUUGCUAGACCUAUGUCGAGAUGACAAUCUUUGGAAACUAGAAUGCUUUGAUGCGUCACGAGCAGAGUCAAGACGCAGACGCCAGAGAGUUGAUCCUACAAACACCCAACUUCAUACUUUAAGAUCUGCUUUCAAUGAAUUCUCUGGACAGCCAUCGCAAGCCCCCGAUCAAGAAGCUACGCCUGAGCUAUCGCCCGCUGCACAGACUCAACGUGCUUUCGCGAAUUGGGAUCCUUCUUAUGGGAAUGAAACUGUCAACUUCUAUGAUGAGUACAUUCACCGCCAUGCUCCCAUCAAUGUUGGCUGGAUGUCCAUGCCGGGUGACGAGCCUCUGGAAACCACUGGACUUGGUCUGAUCCAAGAUUCCGACGACAACCCCCAACACCUUGCGGCAUCUUUGGAUGAUGGCAGUGUUUGCAUAUGGGAUGUCCGACCAAGAUAUACAGACUCGGAUCAUUCACAGGGGCGCAUUGUAGGCAAGAGCUCUCCGGGAUUGCUUCUAGGUGGCUCUCAUAUGCGUCAGUCUCGUGAGGAGGUCAAAGCAAUCAUGACAGAAACAGGCGCGGUUGAGUCUGUGAGCAUCGACAACAAUAAAGGAAGAGGCUACUUCGCUCAGAAUAGUACUCUCGUCGAGGUUGAUCUUGCCACACUUCAAGUUAUCUCAGAGGAAACGUUCCCUUUCCCUGUUGCUGCUCUGUCGCAAUCUCGCGAUUCAAGUCUCGUUGUAGGCACCAACUGGACCAUCCACAUUCACGACCCUCGCAACAAAUCAAGAUCAGCUGUGAAUCCUUCUUUGCAGUGCGAGAUCAUAGGCGGACCUGCAUCAAACCAUGCUCUUCUUUCACAGCCUGGACCUCUUUCGAUUUUAGAUCGAGUACAAGACGAAUCCAUCUGGGUCGCUGGCAGAUUUACCCACUUGCUGAAUUAUGACCGUCGAUUCUUUCCGAAAGUACGCGGCACAGUACACUCUGGAGGACGCAUAUCAUGUAUCACAGAGACGGCACGACCGUAUGUCCCACGCGCCUUGGACUUACUUCAAGAUCCUACAAUAUCAAUCUUGGAUGUACAUGCUGCAAAAACAGCUCCUGGUUCAACCAUCUUGGCUGCGGGCGAAUACAAAGGCAAAGGCAGUCUUGAAUUCUACGGAUUGGCACUGUCAAGCUCAGGAUCAAUUGUUACAGAGAGCUAUCGAAAUCGGCAAACAGCAGCUUCUACUCGACUACUAUCGGUAACAGCACAUGGAAGUUCUACAGUAUUCAGUGAUGGCGACGGCAACCUGAAAUGGAUCGAGCGAGAUGGCAUGACGACUAUUCGAACAUACAACAUAAAUGAGGCCAAUGACACGCCUUCUUUCAACCAAGCACAGAGUGCAGCUCAAGGACCAGACGACGAGCCAUCCCAAGGAGACAUUGUACAAAAGAUCAUGCCUCUACAGAUUUCGACAAGCUCGUGGUCCAGCAAGAGGCCAGAUAUCAACCAAUCAGACCUGAUACUCAAGACAGGCGACGGUCGGAUAGGAGUGCUCGGAUACGGCCACAAGACACUAUAUGCUGGAGAAGAAGAGGAAGUUAUAGUGGAGACUACUGAGGAGAGGGUCAGAAGAGAUGCUGAGAAGCAAUACCGAGAGACGCUAGGACGAGCGUUACAGAGUCAGGCUGACGAAGUGAGGUUCAUGAGAGGCCUAGGCAUGGCAUUUGGCAUGAGUUAG